AUAAUUCUCUUCAUUUUCUAUUUUCACUAAUCCAAAACUUUUCUGGGUCUCGCGUCGGGGAGCGUCAUCGUUUCCCUUCUCCGAGAUUCUUCGUGAAAUCCCCAUACGAGAACUUUUCCUGCUAUAGAUUUUCCUUUUUCGUGUGGGUUUUUCAAUUUGAUUUCCUCGAUCCUGCUUCGGAUUUCCUCGCUUCUGUUUGAUCGGCGAGAAAAUGGGUCAACAACAAUCGAAGGACGAGCUGCUUUAUCAACAAGUGAGUUACGGCAAUGCGGCUGGGAUCAAAGCCCUCCGGAGAGACGGUGCAGGCCUCGAGUGGAUAGAUAGAGAAGGGAAAACGCCAUUGAUCUUGGCCUGUAUGUCAGCUGAGUUAUAUGAUGUUACAAAAACUCUUAUUGAAUUGGGCGCCAAUGUUAAUGCUUAUCGAUCUGGUCGUCAUGCCGGAACUCCUUUGCACCAUGCUGCAAAAAGGGGUCUAGAGAACACCGUUAAGUUACUUCUUUCACACAGUGCAAAUCCACUGGUUUUGAAUGAUAAUUGUCAGACACCACUCGAGGUUGCUCGAGUUAAGGGGUACAGCAAUGUUGUACGUGCAAUCGAGAGUCAUAUCUGCUUGUAUUCUGGUUGGAUGAGGGAAUUUUACGGCCCUGGCUUUCUCGAAGUGUUUGCUCCUCAGCUCCUCUCAAGAAGAGUAUGGGUAGUUAUCUUGCCAACAGGCUCUCGAAACCCGACAAAGCCUUUCAAGUUGGAGCUCUCUGUAUAUGCUAGUCUGCAGGAUGCUCAGCCACGGACAAGGAUGGAGUUGUGGAAAGCCAAUUUGGAGGAGCCAAAACCAAACCAGUCUGAUUCUUCAGUGAUCAUUAUUGAUAACUCUACAAAAUUGCGUCUUAAACUCGCACCUGCAAAUGAGGGUGACAGAGAACAGCUUCAUCGGUUCUGUGAUGCAUGCAAAGGAAUUCCACAGUCGAUGAAUCCACCGGCCUUUAUGCGAAACCCUCAAACAGCUUCUGCUCCACCGACUUCAGAAGAUCUCGAAUUGGCUAUGGCGAUCAAUGCUUCUCUUCAAUCAGCAACGAAUCAGAUGCCUGGUUUAGAUCACUGUUCCAUUAGUGAAGAAGCUAGUUCAUCAUCAACUGUUCCUCCUCCUCCUCCUCCUCCUCCUGAGGCAAGAGCCAGUGAUUUCACUACACAUGAAGGUACCAUUCCGGAAGAGCCUAAACCAUCAGCUCCUCCGUUUGUGGAUGAUGUAAUAACAACAGCGGGGGAGAACGGUCACAUUCACUACCCGUCAAUAGAUUCAAGCCCUAUCGAGGUGCCAUCUCUUUCCCCUGUAAUGUCGGUUCCCGCAACUGGCGAAAAGAACGAGGAAGGAAGCUCUGGAACGUGUUCGAUAUGUCUGGAUGCGCCAUCGGAAGCAGCUUGUGUCCCUUGCGGGCAUGUCGCUGGAUGCAUGUCUUGCUUGAAUGAGAUCAAAUCCAAGAAAUGGGGUUGUCCGGUUUGUCGAGCCGAGAUCAACCAGGUCAUCAAACUGUAUCGUGUCUGAAAACUUUUCGAGGUAACAUCUUGUUCGCCAUUGAAACUUAUCUCCAAUGGCAGCAAUCGCAGACUCUGCUGAAAGCUCGUGGAGGUUUUAAAAGAGUUUGAAAAUAUGUCUCUAUGUGUGAAAAUGUUUAUAAUAUGGACAGUGAAUAUGAUACUGUGUAUAUAUUUAUAUAUAUGUGUGGUUUUGGUGAGGAACGAACGAGAAUUAUGAAACAGUAUUCAGUAUGUUUAAUACCCGUAAUUGCCAUGAAACUUGGAAU